AGAAAAUGUAAAGUCUGUAAUAUUGAGUGAAAGUGACUCUGAAGAACAUGAACAUAAAAAGAAAGGCUCUAUAGAUACGACAAUUACGACUAGUGAUGAUGAGAAGGAAAUGGAAGAAGAAUCUAUGAAAGAGUCUCAAGAGAUUUUCACACAACUGACACAAGUGCCACUUCCACAAAAGAGAUGUUUGAAAGAUGAUGACGAUGAUGAUGAAAAUGAACUGCCACCAAAGAGAGGUAUAAUUAUGUUUGAAUUUGAAUAAUGACUAUAGACUUUUAUGUAUGGCAAUAAAUUCACAAGACUCUGUUAGUUUGGAGGAUAUGCCACUUGAAACAGAGAUUACUAUAGAUAAUAGAAUGCCUAAUCCAUUUCUCACACCAACAAGUAGCAAGUCAAGAAAGGCUCCAGAAAGAAGUUCUUUGUUAAAAGAAAACUAUUCACCAUUCUCUUCCCCAUUUGCAAGUGAAUGCAGUCCAAGUACUGAUUUACAUCAGACACUUGGUCGAAUAGAACACAAAAUGGAUAUAAUACUCAAAUACAUGAAGCAAAGUAAACAAUAUAUCAAAGGAGGAGCAGCUCAUAAUUCUGCUGAAGAUGAGAAGAGAGCCAAGUUUACUACUGACAAGGGAGUUUAUUUGUUAGAUAUUAUGGCCACCGAUCCUGGAAAAUAUGCUCUAAAUUGAUGGACUCUCUUUUUACUGUGGAUGAAAUGGCUACUCAUUGUUUUGAAAAAACAAUACAAUCCAGAAAGGAGAGCUUGGAUAAAGAAAAAGCUAAUUUGUUAUAUGAUUGUAUUAGAAAGAAAUUUGGACAAGAGACUUUUGAAGCUAAUCAGGCCUGCAUUAUAAGAAAGUGUAACCAAAAGUGCCUUGACAGGCAUAGAGCUAAAUUUGGACACUCUUCAUAACUACAAUCUUGACAUUUGGACUAUCUUUAUUCAUGUUUACGUAUGAUAAUUAUUGUUAUUAUCGAUG